ACUUCGCGUACAAACAAUGAGUGACAAAGCUGUGGUUAAUUAUUUUUAAAAAGAGUUUGGGUAGAGAUUGUUGCUUUAAAAGAGUCUGAGUAGCUAACUUUUAAAAAAAAAAUAAUCUAUGAUACUCUGUCAGUGUAUUCAAUAGAAAUAUUGGUCAUUGCCAUCGAGAAAAAGCAUAUUUACACUAAUUAACAGUACCGGUAAAGUGAUUGAGUGAACACUACAGUACUCAGUACUGACUACAGUCUACAGUGAAGUGAACGGUACACACUACUCACUACUCUACACUCAAAGUCUAUGGUCCAAAGACCGUCGGCAGUUGGAGGUUUGCAUUAAUUACCAAUACUAAUUAAUACACAAAGAAUACUAAUGAAAUGAUAGCCUAGGGGAAACCACGAGGGAAUAUAUUAUAAUCCAUUCUGUUAGAGUACACCAGACAAUUUAUAUAUGAUAUGGAGAACAAAUUAAUAUUAAUUAAUGGGAUACAUAAUUUAACAUACCUGCACCUGCAAUUUUAUAAUUAAUAAUCAUUUACUGUUAUGCACUACACUUCUUCUUUUGAAUGUAUGUGGUGAAUUUUAUGCUUUAUUUUAUUUUUAGAGUAUUGGUAGGUAAAUAUUGUGCUAAAUUUAAUUUCAUGUAAUCUUGUUUUUUUUUUUUUUAGCGGUAUGCAGGUUUGGGCUGUUACAGAUCAUUUACUUGGGAUCUUUUAAUUGUAAUAUUAUCAUUCUUUUCAGAAAUGCCAAGAGUAUCUAAAGGAAAAGGAGGUGGAGACAUUUCUAAGUUAGAAGCUAAAAGUGAAUCAAGUAACAAAAAUGAAGUGAAAUUAGAAAUUAAAACAGAAGUUAAAGGAGAAAAAGCAGACAGUGCCACAACCACUUCAAAGUCAAAUGAAAUCAAAACUGAAAAAGAAAAACCAUCAGCCUCUUCAAACAGUCAGAGUCAAAGCCCAACAUUAUCAGCAGGAUCAUCAACAGAUGAGGUGAAAGGAGCUAUUGGUAGUGUUCCACCAUCAUCUAGAGAGAAAAUACAGACACUCCUUGGAGACUUGUUUAUCAACAUAAAAGAUAUUCAGGUGAUAUACUUCUUCAGUACAUGGAUUUGUAAUCUGUAAUUUUUAUAAUCACCUAGUAAACACUAGGCAUUUGCUAAAUGGCAUAUAAUUAUUUUUUCAUUUUUGUUGUCUUACUUAUUUGUAGCUUAAUGAAUAACAGAUCUUGCUUCUUUGAACAUGAAUAUGCUAUUCAGAUUUCGAAAGGUCUUCGAAGGUUUGGGAAAAAUAAAUAACAAUUUCCAAGUCCCUGAAAGUUUUGGAAAGUAGGCAAAAAUCAUCACGGUCUUUGAAAGUUUGGUAAAAAAAAAAAAAAAAAAAUUAAAAAAAAAAAAAAAAAAAUUAAACUAAAAAAAAAAAAAAAAAAUGGCUGUCUCCAUUUAAAUGACAUGUGGAGUCUGUAUUUCUUAUUGAUCGGUUAUCCUGCAAGAAAGAAAUUUGUUGAUUGGUCAGUAAAUUUCUUUAUUAAGCCAGUCAAAUUAUUCUUAACUAGUGUGCAAUCGCAUGAUAACUUCGUCUGUUUUGACCAGGCCUACAUAUUCUUUACUAACAUUUGAUGGCUUUCGUUAUCAUUUUCGAUUUGGAUUAGCGACAUUCCUGAAUUUUCUAUUGAAAUCCUUAAAAUCUGUGGAACUGUUUACAAUAUGAAAUAAUCCCGGAAUUUUUUCUUUUAAAUAUGUAUGGCCCGAUAAGUCAGAAUACAAGUUAUGGCAAAAAAAAGUAGCGAAUGACAAGAAGAAAGCCUAGCCUAUUGCCUUCACAAUGUUUGUACAAAAAAACAUUGAUAGUUCAUCGAUGGGCAAAGGAGCACUGAAUAGCCAUUCAAAGGGUGAGCUAUAUUAACUUAAACCUAAAUAUUAAUUCACUUAGCGAAGUAAACAUUUGGAUGAUGUUAAAAUUAAAAUUUUUCUCUUUUCUGGUUUCUUUUACAUGAUUAUUUAAAUGAGCUACUAAUUUGGCUAAUACAAAUAAUUUUUUUCCAGACUUAAGACUUAAGGCUACCAGUUAAUUUUAAUAUGAUAUUUAUAAUAUUAUAUCAGGUUAAGGUUAAGCCUAUAAUAAUUUGUUGUUUGUUAUAUUUUAGGAAAAAAGCUCAUUCAUAAUGGUAAACUCAGGUAUUCCUUUGAUUCCCAAUAAGGGAUUUAAAAAAAAUAAAAUUAAUAGUGCUGACCCAGUACCAUUAUGAUCAAUACCACCAUCAUGAAGGGUGGUUUGGGGGUGGGGGGUGCCUCCUCCCAUAGACAUGGAUCAAUAUCAAAACAUGUUAACAUUCAGACUUUCUGCACAAAAAUGGAAGUGAAGUGCUGAAUGCUGAAAUUAUUUGCACAAUGUGCCUGGGUGUAACCCAGUGCAAUAUAAAUAAUCAUUCUUCCCACGCACAAUAAUCGCUUGGAACCACCUGGACAAUGCCGCCGUGGACUCAACAUCAGUCGAAAGCUUCAAGGCUGCCCUGGCAUCUGCUAGGAGCUGUUAGGAUAGAAACAUCGCUUCCCCAACUGUUGCAUAUAUGCCAGUAUAUGGAUGCAGCAACGAACACUACCAGAACCAGAUGAAAUGUCUAAAUAGCCAUUACAAUUACAGCUUUAAAUCUUACAAAGGCACUGCAGAUUGUUUCAACGCCAUGUUACCUACUUGUGAAAUAGCACAAAUUUUUGCAUGUGCUGAUAUAGUCUGCAUAUCUCAGCAUUUUUAAUAAAGCACCCUACUUUGCUUACAUGCUUUAAAAAGAUAUAAAAGCUGUUUCUACUUAUGUCUACGUUUUUAUGUUUGACUAAACAAUGAACAACCAGAUACAAGAAGGGCAAAUGGAUAUUUAUGAUCACAUCAGGGAUGUAAAUAAAUUAUUUAAUUUUUCCCACUCAUCUCAUUUUCUUAAACAUGCCAUUGCUGAAAGCUUGUUAAAAAAUUUCAGUCCAAUCUUCACAGAUCUUGGACACAGGGACUUUUUACAAAUGUUAAUGGAUGGGCCUUCAGUGAACUGGAAACUCACGUUAGAAAAAGAAACUGAAGAUCUGGCUGAGAUAAACUGUUAAACAUAGGGAGUUGUGGGCUGCAUAUUCUACACAAGGCUUUCUGUAUUAGAUGCACUGCAGCCUCAUGGGUCAUGGAAAAUGUGCUUAUCAAGAGCUAUAACUGAUUUGGUAAUAGUGCUGCUAGAAGAGAGUAUUUUACAAUCAUCACAGAUACUUCUGUAUUUUCAUUUAAGUUUUGUAAGCACAGGUUAUAUUUUAAAAAACCUUUGAUUCAUAAAGCGGUUGUGAUAUGUUCCAUUUUAUUUUCGUACCGGUAACAUAUGAAACAGAUUUGUUAAAACUGAUUCCUGUUACAUUUAAUCUUUAAUUUUGACAUUGUAACAAAGUUUUUAUUAAUUGCAGGUGACUUGAAAAUACUGACCCAGCUGAUGGAGCUAUCCUGAUGGUACAAAUCUGGAAAUCUGUUAAAAGCAAAAACCUGUCCCAAGCCUUCUUGCAAAUCCUUUAAGGAUGUCGGCUGUGUCUUAAAAGAACCUCUCUUAAAGGCAAAGCUGCAUGUUUUACGGUGGUUGCUCGAGAAUUACAACCAUUUCUUAAGAUAUUCCAAACAGACUAGACCCAAAAGACAAGCUGAACAGAAAAGCUAAAUUGACCUGUGUCCUCAGAGUGAUGUGUGAAGCAAAUGAGCGAAGAGUUAAAGUGUGACACCAUCUUGGUACCGGUAUGAAAAAUAUGCUGAAUCCAUCAUCACAGUCAAUUCAUUGGAACACAUACAUUUCUCCCCUUCCUAAACCAGGGUUGAUGAUUUUUUUCUAAUAAGCUGUCCACAGUAAAAAGGAGUUUUAUGAGCUGUGGGUUAUUUUUCAGCAACUCUUUUUGUUACCUCAUGGUCAUGCGACAGUAGAAAUUAGGGUUCUCUGUGGAUUAAGAGGUCAGUGUUCACAAUUUAAACAGUGAGAGUCUCUGUGCUCAAAGACUGAUAAUUGAUCACGUCAGAAGAGCUGAGAGUCUCUGUGCUCAAAGACUGAUAAUUGAUCACGUCAGAAGAGCUGAGAGUCUCUGUGCUCAAAGACUGAUAAUUGACCACGUCAGAAGAGCUGAGAGUCUCUGUGCUCAAAGACUGAUAAUUGAUCACGUCAGAAGAGCUGUGCGACCUCAUAAAGUUUCCACAAGAAAAAGAGUUCUCAAAAUUUUCCACAUCAGCAAGGAUGAAAUACACCUUGUGCUUGUAUCCGGAAAAGCAGUAAGAGUAAAAAUGUAUUAACCAUGAGAAGAAAGUUUGAGAUUAGAUGAAGUGCUGGAGUUAAAAAUACCCCAAAAAACCAACAAAAAAAAAAAGCUUUGGAAUCAGAUGUAGCCAGUCUAGUUACAUUAGCCAACAGCAAGGCCAAAGAGCUGAACUGAAAAGAGACUUCCCUUGUUAUCAGCGCUUAAAAUGCAUUGCAAGAAAAGGCAUCUGUCCAUAAACUUACUGCUGACAAGAGAAAGGGGGUGGGGGAAUGUCUAAAACAAAGAAAUAUUUUUAAUGUACCUAAUGAUGUGUUAUUUGUGUAAAUAUUAAAUGGACUGGUUUAAUAGAAUAUAAAUCAAGCUGAACAUUUUUUGUUGUUGUUCAAAGCCUCUGGAUACAACUGGGUGGCCAUGAUGUUUUUAAAUAUUUUAUCUAGAUUAAACAAUAUCUCUGCAAGGAUAAGCUGGCUAUCAUGUAUAUAUUGUAUAUAAUUAUAAUUAAAAGUAAUAAAGAAUUUUGUACCUAAGCUAUAAUUAGUUGAGUUAUUUUUUGUGGGGGAAAAAUUUGUGAAUUCUGUGUCUGUGUAAGAACCCUGGUUAGGUUAUAUUUUUAAGCCCAUUAAAUGAGUUAACAUUUUAAAAAUAUUGCUAUCAAAAGUAGUGAAAAACGGUAAUGUGAAAGUGUUCUGUUAAAAUAGCCUGAACUCGGAGAACUUUUGGUGCAUUUAGAUUAGGAGCCGUCCGUUUGUGUACAAAUUUGUGAUGAUUGUGUGGGGUUGUAAAAAUAAAAUCUGUAUAAUAGUGUGACAUCAUUUAUGGAUGGCCCCUUAAAUUGAUUUGGUUGUGCAUUAACCAAGUUAGAUGAGUGCUCCCUUUAACUACUUUAAGUUUUUCCAUUUCCCAUAGCUGCCAGUUUAUGAUUACUUGUGUUAUUGUUUGUGCUAGGACCAUUCAAGAAAUAAGUUAACCCUACAUGUUGCAGUGAUGCAUUUGGCAACAUACCAAUCAAAGAGGGAUAAGAACUGUAUAUUUAAAUCAGUACUAAUUUUUAAGUGGCCUACCUUUAAGUUUUUUCAUUUCUCAUAACUGCCAGUUUAUAAUUACUUGUGUUAUUGUUUGUGUGUUAGGACUAUUCAAGAAAUAAGUUAAAGAUAAAUUAUGUUAGUUAUUUUUUUUUGUUUUUGUAAACACACCAAAUGUAACCUUUGUUUCAUUAUUGUGUUUUCUUCUCGUAGGUUGAGAGGGACAGAGCAGAACACAAUUUGACCAACAUAAACAAGACCCAUGAGAAGGUGCAAGAGGAAGGCAAAGGUAUUUGCUUUAACAUUUAAAUGUUUCAAAUUUACAUCGAGGUGUUGAGUUGCAAAACUGAUGUAACAUUGUUUUUAUAUUUUUUCUCCAUUGAAUUGUUCUCACUUGUCAAAUGUUUUAUUUACGGCUAAAUCCUUAAUCAUGACUUCACAAUUUUUCUUAUUUGUUUUUAAAUCUCAUUUUUCAAAAAAACUUUUCUUCAGUCACUCCUUACUAUAGACAAAAGCUAAAGUCAUUAUACAGUGCUGCUACAACAGAUGCGGAAGCUGAAGCUGAGUGA